AAACACUUCCUUUGGGGCUUAAGCUUAAGUUAAAUAGUACCAUUGUAUGUAAAAAAAAACAAAGUAUUAUUUCGUUGGAAUAAUAACAUUUUUUUUCGUUUGUGAUAACUAGAUUUAGACCUUUAAAUUUAAACUUAGCAUUGCUAAAAUUAACUAAAUAACAGACAAGAAAGAGUCCUAACUAUUUAAAAUAAGUUUCCAAAAACAGCUCUAUAUUGCCUACGCUACAGGCACAGGUCUGUCUGCAUUCGAUUUUAAAUCUUAUCAUUUUGAAUUGUUUAAUUAAGAGAUUUCUUUUCAAAUGAAGUUGAACACAAACUAUUUACUACCCAAGGACUAAAUGGACAUAGGAAGUUUCAGGAAACUCCAAUCUUGAAGUCCUUAUAUAAGCUGAAUAAUUGGUGGAAAAAUACCAAAGAUUACAAUUUCAAGCCAAGAUUACACAAUUUAAACCAUCGUAAUCAAUCAAUACAGAUAGUCUAGUGGAAUCUAAUAAUGUUCACAACAGUGUUGUCUGACCAAGUAAUACAGAGUGAGCUCAAACAUAAUGACAAUGUCUUUCAACGCAGAACACACCACAAAUAACUUGGACAGUUUGGAUAUUGAAAGUCCAUUUUCUUCUUUGGAUUCAGAAUUGAAUACUUCACUUGAACUAAGUCGCAAGCUCUCAGAAGAAAAAGAAAAAAAUAGAAAACUUCAAGAAAAAUUAGCUGGUUACAAGACUGUAGUUCAACAGGUGCCUAAAUAUCAGAGUCAAUUAAAAGAUCUACAGUUGAAGUAUGAAGAAACAAUCAAACAAUUAAAGCCACAACAGAAACAAGAAAACCAAAUUCAACCAUCUUCUGAGCAAACUGAAACACAAGGUCUAACAGAGCUUGCCAAUCCAAUUUCUACACAUUCACCUGUGAAUACUAGAAGCCCUUCAUUUGUUGUUCUGUAUCCACCUGGAGAAGGUGGACAUGACAAUGGUAGACCAGUGAAAGAAAAGCAUACAUCCCCAGUCACAGUGUCAACAUCAUUAUUCAAGUCCGUAACUGGUAGCCAGGAGACUGAACUGCCUAAAGGUUUUCAGAACAAGCUGGAUAUCUCACAACUGAAUCCAUUGAAGGACCAGAAUAAACAAAGUAAACCAGAAGAGGCAUAUGUGAAAUCUUCACGAGGUAGUGUAGAACCAUAUUUUGUGAUCAGUGGUACACAUACUAUUUAUACACCUGUGGAUGUACUGAGGCCCCAUAGCACUCCUACAAUCUACAGACCUGUGCCCAUCUCUACGUUUGAAAUGAGCAAUAUUUCAUCUCCCUCUGUAAAAGACUUUACUGGGCUAGUAAACUUCCCUGCCCAAGCCACAGGCCCUCCGGUUCAUUCAUUUGGAAUUGGGGCAAAGCCUAAAGAGUGGGCUCCAUUGAAUUUUUCCAAUCAGAAAAGGUACCAGUUUGAACAAGAACAGAUGGCUGCACUUGAGAACCUGACUGCUGCCACUAGAAACAUUUCUGUUAAGCUUCAACCUGUACCUAAUAUUAGCCCACCAGGGACAUCUUCUGAGUUGAGUCCGUUAGGAGUUAAUCUUAAUCCACCGGUCAUACCUAGUGAAUUGAGUCAUACUGUGUUUAGUCAAAAGAGUCAAGAUCUGUCUCAAAACAAUACUAAGUUGACUGGUACAUCUGAUCAAAAUAUUUUGGAUAUGGCUAGUGAUCUCAUGAAGUUUAGUACUGUUGGGCUACCUCCUCAUGAGCAAAGUGAAUUAAAUCCUUUAGCAUUCAGUGACAAGGCCAAAGGUGUAACAUUUCCAAGUGAUGACCAUCAUCAACUUUCCAGUCAAGCUGAAAGCAUGGCGGCCAUCUUGAAAUCUUCUCACCCCCCUUCUGGGAUUAGUGAAAUGCUGUUAGAGUUUUCUAAAGAAGUUGGCAAGUUAGAAGCUCAGCUGCAAGAAAAAGAGGCUCAGAUACAAAGAUUACAAGUCCACCUACAGAGCAGUGCAAAGAAUGGUAGCGAUAGAGAGUUAAGUCAUCUCAGGGAGGAAAACAAAAGUCUGAGAGAAGAAAAUGAAAACUUGUUUGCUAUGAUAAAGACACAUUCAGAUACACACAAUCAGUCUGUUCCACAAAAUGAGUUUCGAUGGUUGACUGUCACCAGCCAGACUUCAGGUGAUUCAAAUAAAUCUACUCAGCCUGAAUCCCCACUGAUGAGAAAAAUUGAUACUCUUGAACAAAUCAAUACAAAGUUAUUUUUGGCCAAUAAAGAUUGGUACAACAAGUGGGAGAUUUUAAGGCAAUCUAACAAUGAGAAGAUAGAAGAAAUGGAAUCCAAGUUGGAGAGUUUAAAGAAAGAAAAUGAAAGGUUAGCAGAAGUCAAUGGAGACCUAAAGAACAAGCUGGCAGUAGAAAAAAUAACGCAAGACCAAAUGCAAAAGUCAAUGAUUGUUCUUGAAGGUGAAAAAAGUAAUCUCCAAAAAUUCGUGGCCUCACUUAAGCAAGAUGUUGACAUGUUGACCCAAGAAAAAAGAAAACUGGCAGCAGAAGUGACAAUGUUAACGAAUGCAUCAAAACAGAAAAGUAAGGAAGAGGCAGGAAACAAAGCAAUGGAAGUAGAAAUGACUUUGUUAAAGCAACAGCUGACAGUCUAUUCUGAAGACUUUGAGAAGGAGCGUCAAGACAGAGCAGCAGCUGAGAGCAAAGCAGACAAAAUGAGGAAAGAGAGAGACAGAAUCAAGGCUACUUCUGAUGCCAAAAUAAAACAACUGAAUAGUCAGUUCAAAAAUCUUGAAGACACAUUGAGAACCAAAAACAGACAAGUAGCAGAUCUUCAAGUUCAAAUUGAGGAUUUGAAGUUACAGCUUCACAGUUCCCAGCGGAAAGCCACUCUUGCUCCUCAACAUUCCUACAAUUAUCCAAUACCUGCAUCCUAUGGUCCAACCACUCACCUGUUUCCCAGUUCAGGAGUUGAGUCCUCCGUACCUGUUGCAGCGUUGCCUAUAGCUUCAGGUACAUUCCCAAAACAAGUAAAUAGACCAUUGAGAACAGGGCCAGGUCCACCGGGAGCAGGACCAGAGUAUCUGGCUGGAGCGUGGACUUGUAAAGAGUGCACGUACAUAAACUACCCAAGCCGUAGUGUUUGUGAUAUCUGUGGUUACAGAAACAUAGCAGAUACUGAAAGUCUGGCGUAUGAAACUGGUGGCCAGGAACUUCAGUCCCGAGGUGACAAUGUAAUGUUGGGUUUUCGUGACAUAGAGACAGAUACACAGCCUAAAUGGCAAAGUGAAUCAAGAAACAUUUGAUGACAACUAGAAGUGUCACAGGAGACAACAUUUUUGUACUGGCUACUUCCCCAGUAGCUAGAGUUUCAGAAGUGCAGGUGAAUCAGGCCCAUUCAUUUUAUCACACAGAUUAAGUUGUCACUGAAGUUCUGGUCUUCAAAAUCCUUUCUUAAAUAUAUUUUUUCUCUGAACUAGUAACAACAUUUUUGUAUUUGCAAUGUAAUAUUGAACUUAUAAUGGAUCUCAAACAAAAUUAUCUCAUAACUAGUUCAGCUUAAAUUAAUUAUAAAAUUUCUUCAUCAGCCUUUUGAAUAAAACUUAUUUACUUGUAGUGAUUGACUAUAAUUUUUUGAGCGUCUUAUUAUUUGAGUUUACACUAGUAAUUUAAUAAAGUGCACAUUUGUUAGCAGUGGCCACAAGCCUAGAAGCCAAUAAAUGAGUCACCAAACCUUGAAUCUUGUUUACAUAAUUUCCAAAAUUGCAACUAGAAUGUGACUUCAUUCACUAGUACUUUCUGCCAAUACUUAGAAGAAAAAAAAAAAGUGAUCUAAUUGCAGUGUUCACAGUGUUUAGAAAUAUUGAGGAUACAUCAGGAGAUGGGACCGUACAGUUGAGGUCUCUUCUAUUCAGCUUGCUAAUCUACUAGUUUGGCUUAACUAAUCUACUUCUUAUGAAUUUGACGUAGAAUUGGAUUAAUGAACUAGUCUGAACUUUCUAGUUGUGGAUUAUUUCUGGAUCAUUUCAUAAUUGUGUUAUGUUGAGUGUUUGGUAAAGAACCUGUAGAACUGGAGAUGUACACACUCAGACAAAAUGCAACACUAUGGCACCUCCUACAACAGUAGUAUUUCUGUUUACUAAUUUUGUUUUAAAUUUGGCUGUAGUAAUGCCAUUUUUAAUAGUACUGUUUUUUUUAGACUUAGAUGAUUGAUUCAGCAGUGUUUCUAUUGUAUAUCUAGUAUUAGAUAUUGUCAAUCAUAUUAAACAGAAUUGUGAACUGGCCUGUCACUGAAGACUUUCAAUGUGUUCUUGAAGAAAUACGCUUUUACUUUGUCAUUGGAUUAUGUGCCACUAUGUUGUGCUGUUAUUCUUGAUGAAAGAAACAUUCAGCAGCUCCUGUAUGCUCUGAUUGAACACAAUGUUGAAAUGAUUAAAGUAGAGAAAUACUCCUGGAGUAAAAAUUCUCAAACACUUUAAUGAAAAAAUUCAACAAGAAUAAUUGUUUUAAUCAUAAUGUAGAAUUCAGAUGAAGUAGAUUAUGCCACAAUAGUACCGGGUAGUUGUAAUUUAAUUAACAGACUGACUUGAACAAAGCUCGACAGUAUGCUUCCAAAGUACAAGUACAAGAGUAUCUUUGCUAUUUCUAGACACAGGAAGUGAUGGAAUGAGCUUUUGUAUUCUUCUCAUCACUGUCAGACAAUGCUAUUGAAAUGACAUCAUGAUAUUCAAGUUGCUAUUUUAUUUUUGUGAACAAGGUCCAAAGACAAAAAAAAAAUUAUCUUAUGAUGUAACUUAUCACUUUCUAUUUAGCAGUAUAUGUGAUUUACAAGUGUAAAUUCACCUGAACCAUUAUCCUUGUAGUAUUGUAUCUGUAUUUGAUUUUUAAAGUAAGUUGAUAAGUCCAUGCAGGAGAAGAUAACUGCAGUUUUAUAUAUUAUUGCAUCUGUUCAGUAGUAAAAAAAAAAUAAUAAGUUAAAGGCCGUAUCACUUUCUUCAUUAAAUCUAAUUAUAUUAACUUGUUGCCAUCUUGAAUAUACCUGAUAGAAGACCUGGCCAUAAAGCUUGACAAAAUUUGAUCUCUAAAGUAAACAUUAAACGCUUGGGUCAAAGGUUUAUCAGUGGGAUAUAUUAAAAAUGAGUGGGAAAUUAAAUGAUUGACCACUUCACCAGCCACUCAAUGUGUGCAGCGACCUACAUCAAUGUGGUCAUCUUUGUAUUUGUGAUCGUUUUGUUCUGUUUCAACAAAUUUUAUGUUUUAAUUUGGCUGGGUUUAUCUGAUCAGAAAUACAAAGAAAAUAAUGUAUUUUUUUAAAAUAAUUUACUUGCACCAGCAAUGUUAGUACAAUGUUUGUACUGUUUUGUCUUUUUAUUCAACUAUUAUUGUUAGUGCAUUGAUAAAUAUUAUUUUUGUCAACAAAUGUCUGAUGAUUGGCCUACAGAACAAUAGGGAAGUUAUGAAAAUCCAAAUAUUAAAUAAGAAAUGUCAACAUUACAUUAAUAAAAAGUUGAAAUGUGAAAUUAAUUCAGCCUUAAAACAUGAUUUUAUCUUUUUCUAUGCCAUGAACAAGUUGUAAGGGAUACAAUUUAUAGCAUUUAAGGUGGGUGGGUGGGGGCUAAUUUUUAAAAUGAAAAACAUAUUUUCCAUGCAAUUGACUAUGACAUUAGCUGAGAAUCAUUGACUUUAAUAUUUAUUAUGAAAGUUUUUAUUAAGUCAUUAGCUAACAAAAUUGAUGAUGGUUUCAUUUAAGAAACUGAAUAAUACCAUCAAGAAUUGAAUAAAGAAUUGAUGCAGCCAUCAAUAAAUCUGUAUAUUUUAAUUGGUGAUGUCAUCCAUGGAAAGAACUGAUUAACCAUCCAGUUCAAUAUUAACUCUGUGGUAUUUAACAAAUCUGAUGAUGCCAUCAAUAUAAAAAUCUAUAUAACAAUUAUUCUUAAAGAUUGAUGAUACAUUUAUGUAAUGAAUUUUUAAGACUUUUAAAAAAAAAGUUUUUUUUUGCAAAUUUACAAAAUGUAAACAGAAUACUUUUUUAAAACAAUUAUCAAAAAUUUGGAAAUGUAAAAUUGUUAUUGAUGUUUGGAAAUUUAAAAAUAUUGUCUAAGUUUGGCAAUGUAAAAAUGUUGUCUAAGUUUGGAAAUGUUAAGAUAAUCUAAGUUUGGAAAUGUAAAAUGUAUAAGUUUGGAAUUGUAAAAAUUUUGUCGUGGAAAUGUAAAAAUGUUGUCUAAGUUUCAAAAGGUAGACAUGUCUCUUGACUAAGAUCUAAGGCUAAGCAGAAAGAAAUGUUUUCUUUUUGUGUGAAGGUUUCACUUUGACAUUGAAGACAUUGUUGAGGACUAGAAUGUCAGAACAAUGUACUGUAGUGAUCUAGUUUAGUUUAGAGACAAUAUUAGUUUGUAUAGAAAUAUUGAGCUUUGUAGUGACCUAGCCACACAGACUAAUGACAUUGUAGAUUAGGAGUACACUAAAUAAAAAUAUGGUUUGAGCUUGAAACAAGAUGCAUCAAAAUGAACUGCAAGAAUUGACGGAUUUAGAGACAUGGAACAAUGCUCCCAUUAUGUAAAAAAAGACAACAUCAUUGAAGUCUUCACAAGUCUUAUUAAGUGUAUCGUUCUUAUAUUAUUCUUGUAUCCCUUGAAUAUGUCAAACUUUUAGUUAGUAUUGAGUAAAAAUCACACCAAGUCAUUUCAGUCAUCUUGUGAGAUGAAGUCAAAUCAAGAGCUGUGAACAGACACAAACACAUUCAAGUACCUUGGACAUUUUGGUGACCCCGGAGAUGGACAUCAUUGAUUGAAGUCGGCUACUUGAAUGUGUUUGUUCACUGCUCUUGACUUACUUCAUCUCACAAGAUUACUGACUUCGAUGACUUGGUGAUUUUUACUUAAUACUUGCGAGUUCGACACAUUCAAGGGACACAAGAAUAAUAAAACAAUAAUACACUUAAUAACAACGAUACAAUAGUCCUGUGAAAACUUAAAAAAAUUAUUUUUUUAUUUUACAUAAUGGGUGCAUUGUCCCAUGUCUCUAAAUCCGUCAGUAUUUCCUUGCAGUUCAUCUUCUUGCAUCUUGUUUCAAGCUCAAACCAUAUUGUUAUUUAGUGUACUCCUAAUCUACAAUGUCAUUAGUCUGUGUGGCUAGGUCACUACUUUUUUACUGUCACUAAAUACAAUUCUUAAUAUUUAUAAACAAACUAAUAUAGUCUCUACGCUAAACUGAACCACUACCUUUCCUCUCCCCUUUACAUAAAUCCCCCCUUUACACAAAUAUAAGAAGAUUUAGUUUUCAUUCUAAAGAGAGCAACGUGUAAUGUCUACCAGUGUAAACAUUUCUAAGCUGUCUGCUUUCUUGCUUGCUUCCAGCCUUUAGUACUAGAAUGAAGUAUCUUACAUUACCCAAGCGAACAUGUAUCUUUUUUUUAUUUACAACCAUUUCUUUACAUUAGAUUCUAAGUCUAUCCAGAUCUCAUGACACUUCAUGUCUAUGAAAACAUGUGUAGCUGUAGUUCAGCCAGAAAUUGUGUUGCUGUAAGGCUGAUCACGUUUAGAACAAUACACUAGACAUACAUAUAUUGGAAACUCUGCUAGACUAAAGUAAAAAACAAAAUGUUUGGGCCGCGAGGCCUUCAUCAGCUUCAAAACAAACAAAAAGGACAAUUUACAAAAAAAUAGGCAUUUUGUUAAUUCAUCUGUCCGAUAACUUAAAAAUUAAUACAAUUUUAUUUUAAUUCUUUUUCGUUUAUCAAGGCCGAAAAGAAAUGAGCGUUACGCUCUGGUAAAAGCGCUGGAAGAGGCGGUCGGACUACAUUGAGUGUGACAAAAGGGAAGGGGAGUAGAAUGUUUAGCUCCGUCUCACUGUAGAGAAAUUUUGGUUGUUGAUCCCGUUUGGAAAGAUGAUAAUUGACAUACAAGUUUGUUCUCUCUAGACUGCUGUACUGUCACUCACUGUUGUGUAGCAGUGAGGAGAUCAGUGGUCUCCCUUUUGUUGUAUACUUUAUACAUAGAAACAGACUUAGUUUCAGGAUUUUGAAUGUUCUAAGGUAUUCAUAGAGUUCUGGUUUUAAAGGCAUACUUGUGUUACCAAUACAUAUCAUACUUUAUCUAAUUUAAUGGUCCUUUCGCACUGACCAGUUGAAGUGACCAUGUCAAAGGCGCCAUAUGAUUUUUAAAAAUUGGAAACAAUAGGCCUAUUCAAUUGAAUAGUACCCAACACAAGGCCCACAUUGAUCUCUACUGCUAUACAACACUGCUGUGAGUGACAAACAUCCAUCCAAGGAGAGAGAACAAACUCAUAUAAACAUCUUUCCACACGGGAACAGCCAAUUUCUGUUCCAUGAGACUGAGAUAAACAUCCUGACACUUCCCAAAUGUUAUUGGUCACACCUAAUCUUCUUAGUCCCACCGCAUCUUCACAAUUUACAGCACUUUUACAACAACAUAAGUUCAUUUCUGUUCGUCCUCGAUAGCCUGAAAUAACAUCGAGAAGUUAAGUUAUUAAUAUAUCUAGUUUGUAUGAACAGAUAAGCUAUUAAUAUACCUAGUUUGUGUUUAUUGUUGGUUUGAAGAUACUUAAGGCCUUGUUGCCCAAACGUCGUGUGUUCCUUCUCUAAUCCAGUCCAGCAGGUUUUCUACAAGUAUGUGUAUUGCAUUUUUCUAUACAGUUGAAACUCACCUAUCACAUAGUUAUGGAUUUUUUUGUUUUGCUAUAUUUUACAUUAAUGGCCUACUUUUGAAACAGUCCUAUAUAUAUACUGUACUAUCAUGAUGUAAACAUUUGACACCUACUUAACUACAGUUUGUACAAAUCAUUACCAUCAGUCUGUUUUGAAUGAAGAAAUUCAGAGGCUCAAAAUUCUUGAAAGCCCAGGUUGCAGUGUUCUCGACUCAUUGCACUGUCAGAAACUUAGUUCAGGACAGCUAUGUUAUUUGCACUACUGUUUUGUUUACAGUUGUCGGUUUCUUUCAAUUAUUUUGUGUACCACUGUCUUGGGUUUCUUUCAAUUAUUUUGUGUACCACUGUCUUGGGUUUCUUUCAAUUAUUUUGUGUACCACUGUCUUGGGUUUCUUUCAAUUAUUUUGUGUACCAUGGUCCUUAACCUGGGUUUCUUUCAAUUAUUUUGUGUACCACUGUCUUGGGUUUCUUUCAAUUAUUUUGUGUACCACUGUCUUGGGUUUCUUUCAAUUAUUUUGUGUACCAUGGUCCUUAACCUGGGUUUCUUUCAAUUAUUUUGUGUACCAUGGUCCUUAACCUGGGUUUCUUUCAAUUAUUUUGUGUACCACUGUCUUGGGUUUCUUUCAAUUAUUUUGUGUACCACUGUCUUGGGUUUCUUUCAUUUAUUUUGUGUAACACUGUCUUGGAUUUCUUUCAAUUAUUUUGUGUACCACUGUCUUGGGUUUCUUUCAAUUAUUUUGUGUACCACUGUCUUGGGUUUCUUUCAAUUAUUUUGUGUACCAUGGUCCUUUAACCUGGGUUUCUUUCAAUUUCUUCUUUGACUCUAUUUUCUCUUGAUGUUUGUUACAUUUAGAACCAAAAGAAAAAAGCUAAAUAAAAUAUGUAUACAUACAUAUAUACUAAAAAUUAUUAUUUGUUGUCUUUAUAUUUAUUAUUUUGUUUUUAUUUUUCAAACUUUUUUUUUCCAUUCCUCACAAAAAUGUCAAUAUUUAAUCAUUGUAAUUCUUAGAAUUUUUUUCCUUCUGUAAUUGUUUGAUCAAGUUGACAUGUAUAACAGUGUAUCUCCCAGGCUUGGGCUAAGGCUCCAGCAGCAGUGGGAUAGUACAGUGUCUUGUCCAAACAUUGGAUCUAGUGAAACUUUGACCAAAGUACCACUCUGACUGAAAUAUGUUGAAGAUGUUAACACAUAUUUUACUGUUAUCUACACCAUCACUUUGUUCUAUAUGUUGAAUAUGGGGUGAAUCAGAUUCAAAUUCAGAAGAUAGACCCAUUCAAUAUAUGCUAUGAACAAUGAUAUUUACUCAGGGAAGCUUGAAAACUGCUGGAACUCUGUCAUGAAAUAGUCUCAAAACACAGCAGUUGCUUGUUGAUCUGCUGACUUCACACCCAUAUAAGCCUGAGCUCUAUUGUGAACAUAUGUGAACACUCCCUGUUGUAAAGGCACUGUGGUCUUGAAGGGUUUUAGUGUGACACUUUUUUCUGUAAAACUAUGCAACUUUAAACUUAUUUUAAACGUUAUUACUAUUAUUAUUCUAGCAGCACUAAGGGAGAGAAAAAAUACAACAUAGAUUAGUUCAGACGAGCCGAGGCCAAUUGUUAUAACUUAAAGAUCUAGUUCUAGACUAGACCAGUCUUUCCCAAACUUUAACACUUCGUACCAUUGGAGAAUUUAGCGGAACACUUUCCCUUUUUUUUUAAGGCUGGAUAAUUUCCUGUUUGUUUAAAUAAAACAAUAAUAAUUUAACCCUAUUCUUAAUUUAGCUUGAUGAUUUCAAAUCUAUAACUAGGCCUAUAAUAAAAUGCAUACAAAAAAUAUAUAAAAAAAAAAAUGGUGUUGAUUAGGGUUCCGCGAAACACAGUUUGGGAAACACUGUAGGCAGGCCUACUAGACUGUAAGGAUCGGUCUCGCACUAGCCCCCCUAGUGCUGCUAUUCAAUGUUACAUUUCAUAUAUAUUCCUAUUUUGCUUCAGCGCUUCAUCCUCCACUCGUGUAUCAUAUUUGAUUGUUUCCUUGAACACCCUACCAUUGACAACUGUUGUUUAGUUACGUAUCGUAGGAGAGAUCAGCACUCAAUACUUUUGUAGACGUGUGACUGAGCAUGCGCAACAGAAGACAUGACAGGAAGUGAUAGAAACACCUCUGUAGUAUGAAGAGUUCACAACACUGCGGCAUGCUCUAACAUAACACUUGAAAAUAAAACAUCAGCCUUUAUUGCCCUUUAAAACGUUUCCGUCGUAUUUACAAAGCUGACAUCUUAAAAGACAGUAUUUUAAGCAUAUAUUUAGAAAUAUUGACCUUAGGCCACAUCUUGUUUAUGUUCUACCUAAAUGGUAUAAUGAUGAAAUGUACAUUGUAAAAACUCCAGGAUCGCCCUAUUUUAUAUUUUGUUUACUAUUUCUUCAAGUCUUGAAAAUACAUCUUAGUUCGUUUUUUAAAAUCUGUAUUGGCUUCAUUUUGUAUGGGUUUUGAUUCCAGAAAUGUUGAUCAUAGUAACUCAUUUUCAAUAGUACAAAAUAUUUUUCAGAGAGAUUUUUGUGUGUGCCUAUUUUUCUCUUUUCGGGUUAUUUGUGUUAUAAUUAUGUUAUAAUUUUAAGGUACUUUCUUUUAUUUUGUGUUAUAUGUAUUCCUGAACACUUUUAUUAGUCUGUCAUAUAAAACAAGACGGUUUCAUUUGAUAUCAAGACUGUGUGUUUUUGUUACCCCUCUAUUUUGUUUUGUUUUCGGAACACAGCAAGUCAGCUGUCCAAAGAUUGAAAGUCUUUCUGGUCAGAGGCGUUAGGUUUCUAAUCCCUUGAUUGACCUAUUGGUUCAAUUUAAUAUUAGGUUGGUCUUUUGGAUGUCCACAAAGUGAAUUGACCACCUAACAACUGGUUCACUAGACAAUUCGUUCACCUAACAACUAGUUCACCGCUCCGUUGGUUUAGCAACAAUCGGUUCACAAAAAUGGUGAUCACAAAUGUGUGUUCCAGGACGUAUUGUUAAUGUAUACAUUAUUUGUGCGAGUCUAGCAGGAUAUGACCAAUAUGUUACUGUCACCUUUAACGAAGAGAUCCAGACUAAAAACAAAUUAAUUAGCACUCUUUUGAAUUGUCAGUGAAACAAUAUUUAUGAAAGUCAUUUUUGUGUGAACCAGUUGUUACGAACGAAUUGACUUUGACCCCAAGUUGUAAAUUUUUUGUAUUGAUGGGAGGGAGGGGGGCGGUGUGACCAUUAACCCAGACUUUAAAAGUGCUGGACAGUGGGAUGUGACCAUUAACCCAGACUUUAAAAGUGCUGGACAGUGGAAUGUGACCAUUAACCCAGACUUUAAAAGUGCUUGACAGUGGGAUGUAACUAAAACUAAGAAUACAAUUCACUUUAUACUUAAGACCACGAUAGUUUCAAAUGUUUUGUUAUGGUCAGACUGAGAUCUAAUUACAACUAAAGUAAUGACAUUUAACCUUUGAAAGUUUGUCUUAGUUUCUAUAAAUAGUGCAUCCUUUGUAUUUGUUGCUAUAUUUAUUAUACUUUUGAAAAUUAACGACAUUAUAAUUGUCCAAUAUAUUGCAAUAUGACGAGUAUUGUAAUACGCUAAAGGAACGUAUCUUAAAUUGAUGAAAACAUUACAGUUCAAUAAAAGCUUUAAAGUU